ACAUUUUAUUUUUAGACUAGAAUGUGUCCCUUUAAACUGUUUCUAUUUUUUUCUCUUUUUCAUGCUCCUUCACUCCUCCCUCCUCUGCUGCCCCCUCUCCCCCACCUCCCUCUCUUCCUCUCCUUCACACAGAUGUGAAUCCGCCUUCCAGGCGUGUGGCUUCUCCCAUUCGUUAGCACUGUCCUGUAGGCCUCAAUUAGUUUCCAUAGAGAUGGGGAGGGGGUUUCUGGGGAGGGUUCCAGGCAGCUAAAUUACAAGGGGUGCAGAAAUGACUGGUAAACUGUGAGAGGGGCUGAGCUUGGCUAGCAGAAACAGAGGAGGAGGGAACUGCCGAGCUGAGUUCCUGUAUUCCCAGCUUUGCAGAGGAUUCCUGGGAAGAUUUUGGGACAGAAGCCAAAGUCCCCAUAUACCGUCCCUAACUGAUCCCUGACACCGGAUCUGCUGGUUCUGUCACUUGCAUUUACUAUAAUGAUAUAGAAGGCUUUACUAAUGUCUCUUGGGAAAAAAACAUAAAGUAGCAGGGGCUGGUGAGUGGAUUCAGUGAAUGGCAUGCAAACUCAUUGAGUGGGACUUAAUCCAGAGAAGGAUCCAUUGAGUUGGAUCCCACCUCAGCAGCUUCAACGCAGUUACUGACACUCAGCGCCCAAUAAGAUGGAGAAUUUCUCAUUUGAUGACACUCAUCCUAAGUGAGUGAUACUCACCUAACAGAUGGUACUCAUUGUGCUUAAGAGAAGUUUGGUCUGAAUGAUUCUGGUUGAGGAUCUAAUGAACAUCCAGUGGAGUUUGUGGAUAUUACCAACAAGAUUUUGAAGCACAUUUGUUUGGACCAUGUAGACACUGGGGAGUCGGGAAAUCUGGUGGAGUUUCGGAAGUGAAACAAUGAGAUUGUACAAUAGUUCGGCUCACCACUUACAGUAACACUCACUGUUAGUUCUGGCAUUUCCUACUACUUGGCACUUACUGGUACUUUUGUGUUCACCUAUAUGUUGGGAAUAGUUAGGGACACUAGUUGGUCUCGUGUGUAUACUUUCAAGUGAAUGAGCAUCGCCUCAGUCCAGGAAUACAAUUUUAAGACCUCAGUACAACCCCAGUCCUACUCCUGGGAAAAUAGAGAAUUUUGGUACCUGUUCUUCAUCUUUCAGUGUAAAACGUUCACAAUGUUCAGAGAUCUGCAUCCCACAAACCCCUUGUCCCUAUGACAAGGUGACAGUAAACAUCCAGUGACAGACACGGACAGACCCUGGCCAAACCUGAAAGGGACAUUCCCAACUGCCACAGCUGACACGUGUGUCACGGAUUCCCUUAUGUAUAUGGACAAGAGCACCCUACGAGGUCCCCUGCACAGGCCUCAGCUACUUGUUAAAAGCCUCUCUUUGGAGCCGGCUCCCACGUUUACACACCCAGAAAAGCCCCAGAGGCUCCGCUCUGACCCUGGAUCCUCCACAGAGUGUAAUGGGGGGGUCCCGGACCCACCCAGCCCAAAGCCAGCUGUUCCCAGACGAUCACAGCACCCCAAACCUGAAGUUCCUCCAAAACCGGCACACCUACAAAGCAUAAGGAGGCCUCGCCCUCCUGUUCCUAUUCCCCCACCACCCUCACGUCCAUUGCCUGCAGAUCCCCGGCUUGCCAGGGUCUUAUCACGUUCUGAUACUAAAGAUGGGCCACCCUCAGCUGUCACAUCCCUCAUAGAGAAGUUUGAGAGAGAGCCAGUUAUUUUGCCCACUGAUAGAGGCUCCCCAAAUAACAGCAACGACACCAGCCCUGAAAUGGACAGUGCCCCACCCCUGCACCCUGGGUACAACAUGUGUGAUCUGGGGCACAAACUCCUCGACCUGCUGGAGCCCAAGGAAGAUCAGGGCAGCCUGGAAAGGAGACGUAGGCAGGGGGUGGUCGGGGGAGACACAGGGGAGAAUGGGGAACAGGAUCCUGGAGGAAAGCUGGCAAAUAGGGACAGUGGCAUUGACAGUAUCAGUUCCCCAUCUACCAGUGAGGAGAUGUGCUUCUUGGGGGAGGUGGAGGAAGGUGGCUCAGAGGAAACUGAGCUCCCCCACACAGUGACCCAGCGCUGCUCUGCACACGAUUCUGAGGGGGACAGUGACAUGGAGGAUGGCAGUGGGGAUGAAGGAGAUGUGGUCCCUGAAAGGCUAGAUCCGUGUGAGUUCACAGCUCGUCAGAAGGUGUAUAACAUUGCUAACGAGUUACUACAGACGGAGAAGGCUUAUGUGUCUCGCUUAUAUCUUCUGGACCAGGUAUUCUGCGCUCAGCUAAUGGAGGAAGCUAGCACAAAGGGCUCCUUCCCUGUUGAAGUGGUGAUGGGGAUCUUCUCUAACAUCUGCUCCAUAUAUUGCUUUCACCAGCAGUUCCUGCUGCCAGAGCUGGAGAAGAGAAUGCAGGAAUGGGACACCAACCCACGGAUUGGGGAUAUCCUACAGAAAUUGGCUCCAUUCCUUAAAAUGUAUGGAGAAUAUGUCAAAAACUUUGACCGGGCAAUGGAACUAGUAAACACGUGGACAGAGAGGUCCUCCCAAUUCAAGAGCAUUAUCCAGGAGGUUCAGAGGGAAGAAGCCUGCGGUAAACUGACCCUGCAACACCAUAUGCUGGAGCCUGUGCAGAGAAUUCCUCGGUAUGAGCUGCUUCUCAAGGAUUAUCUUCUGAAGCUGACGGCGGACUCUAGGGACCGCACAGAUGCUGAAAAGUCAUUGGAGCUCAUAGCUACAGCAGCCGAACACUCCAAUGUGGCCAUAAAGAAAAUGGAGCGGAUGCACAACCUCCUUAAGGUGUACGAACUGCUGGGUGGAGAGGAGGACAUAGUGAGCCCAACUAAUGAGCUGAUAAAGGAAGGGCACAUCCUGAAGCUCUCUGCCAAGAAUGGCACCACCCAGGACAGAUACCUCAUUCUGUUCAACGAUCGAUUGCUUUACUGUGUUCCUAAGCUGCGCCUGAUUGGCCAGAAGUACAGCGUAAGAACAAGAAUUGAUGUGGAUGGUAUGGAGCUAAAACACAGCAGCAGCCCUAACCUAAGCAGGACAUUCCUGGUAUCUGGGAAACAGCGGUCGCUGGAGCUGCAGGCCAGAACUGAGGAAGAGAAAAAGGAGUGGAUUCAGGCCAUUGAAGCCACAAUGCUCCGUCAUGAGCAGACAAUGGAGACCUUCAGACUGCUCAACGCCUCACAUAGAGAGGAUGAAGAGACGCCCCCGAACUCCCCGAAUACAGACCUAGGCAAGCGGGCACCUACACCGAUCAGAGAGAAGGAGGUGACCAUGUGCAUGAAAUGCCAGGAAGCGUUCAACUCCAUCACCAAGAGGAGGCACCACUGCAAGGCUUGCGGGCAUGUUGUAUGUGGAAAAUGCUCCGAGUUUCGUGCCAGACUUGUAUACGACAACAACCGAACAAACCGAGUUUGUGUGGACUGUUACAGCACCCUGCAUGGUUCGCUAUCCAGCCCGGGAUACAGCCUGCACACCCCCCAGCGCCGGAAAUCCAUCCUUGAGAAACAGGCGUCUGUGGUGGCAGAGCACAGUGUGAUGUGUAGUUACAUGAAUUACAUGGAAAAAGGAGCCAAAAGCUGGCACAAGGCCUGGUUUGUCAUCCCCCAGAACGAGCCCCUUGUGCUUUAUAUCUAUGGAGCCCCCCAGGACGUCAAGGCACAGCGCAGCAUCCCUCUCAUAGGCUUUGAGGUGACCCCCGUUGAGCAUGGUGAGCGCUCUGACCGCAGACAUGUCUUUAAAAUCAGCCAGAGCCAGCUUAGCUUCUACUUCAGCCCAGAGACGGAGGAGCUGCAGCAGCGCUGGAUGAUGGCUUUGUCUCGGGCCGGGCGGGGAGAAGACUGCAACGUAAGGACCCUCAUACUGGAGGCUGAGGAGGAGUCAGAGGCUGCAGAUGGUCACCUUGGCGACACUUGAGGAUUAGAGUGCUGGACCUCUGCUCUGAGGCCUGGACUAAAUCAUUCAUCCUCUAUGGGGGACAGUUGUGAAUGUGGGACAGGACUGAACCUUCAGAUGCCCACUAGGGGAGGGCUGGACUCACCCAUCACACUUCCAUGUUCCUGGAGACAUUUGGAAGGAGGACAGGACUAAACCAUUGCAAAUUCAGGGGACACCUGAGCUACAGACUAAGCGCUAAUUUAUCCCCACGUGGGAAACCAAAUGGGGCUGGACUGACCCAUUACCACUUAGCUAGGGCGGAUGCUGUGUGCUGGACUGACCUGUCUAUAUAUUUGUGUCAGACGACCAGCUGUCAGCUCCAUCCAGAACUCCACUUUCAACCAAACCCAUCACAGGCACUUUGUCAUUUUGUAAUAUGUUAUGUAUUAUAAUUAUUUUAAUAAUAUUUAGCAACACUUUUUUACAUUUUUGUUCUUUUUUUUAUUUGUUCUGCUUUGCCUGUCUUUGUUCUUGCCCGUCCCUUUAUAUAUAUAUCUAUACAGACAUUCCCAGAUCUGUUCUUAGCUUCCCUGUUACUUAAAGGGACACUGAACCCAAUUUUUUUCUUUCGUGAUUCUGAUAGGGCAUACAAUUUUAAACAAUUUUCUAAUUUACUCCUAUUAUCACAUUUUCUUCAUUCUCUUGGUAUCUUUAUUUGAAAUGCAAUAAUCUAAGUUUAGAUGCUGGCCUAUUUUUGGUGAACAACCUGGGUUGUUCUUGCUGAUUGGUGGUUAAAUUAAUUCACCAAUAAAAAUGUGCUGUCUAGAGUUCUAAACCAAAAAAAAAAAAAGCUUAGAUGCCUUCUUUUUCAAAUAAAGAUAGCAAGAUAACGAAGAAAAAUUAAUAAUAGGAAUGAAUUAGAAAGUUGAUUAAAAUUGCAUGCUCUAUCUGAAUCACAAAAGAAAAAAAAAAUGGGUUCAAUGUCCCUUUAAGGUCCUGGGCAGAAUAAAAGCAGGGCACAAAUUCUGACCAAUAAUUCCAAUCCCAAUCUUUGGGUUAAUAUGUGCCAUAAUAUUGUAUGUGAGAAAUGUUAUUUCAUGUCCAGACUGUGUACACUGACCAGCGCUCUCUUGCACUGACCUUGUAGCUCUAUCUUUACUCCCAACAUGACAUAGCCAUACACUGCCCUGUAACCACUCACUCUCUGCCAUACACUGCCCUGUGCCUACUCACUCUCUCUGCCAUACACUGCCUGCGCCUACUCACUCUCUCUGCCAUACACUGCCUGCGCCUACUCACUCUCUCUGCCAUACACUGCCUGCGCCUACUCACUCUCUGCCAUACACUGCCCUGUAACCACUCACUCUCUGCCAUACACUGCCCUGUGCCUACUCACUCUCUCUGCCAUACACUGCCCUGUGCCUACUCACUCUCUCUGCCAUACACUGCCCUGUGCCUACUCACUCUCUCUGCCAUACACUGCCCUGUGCCUACUCACUCUCUCUGCCAUACACUGCCCUGUGCCUACUCACUCUCUCUGCCAUACACUGCCCUGUGCCUACUCACUCUCUCUGCCAUACACUGCCCUAAACCUACUCACUUUCUCUGCCAUACACUGCCCUGUGCCUACUCACUCUCUGCCAUACACUGCUCUGUGCCUACUCACUCUCUCUGCCAUACACUGCCCUGUGCCUACUCACUCUCUGCCAUACACUGCUCUGUGCCUACUCACUCUCUGCCAUACACUGCCCUGUGCCUACUCACUCUCUGCCAUACACUGCCCUGUGCCUACUCACUCUCUCUGCCAUACACUGCCCUGUGCCUACUCACUCUCUGCCAUACACUGCUCUGUGCCUACUCACUCUCUGCCAUACACUGCCCUGUGCCUACUCACUCUCUCUGCCAUACACUGCCCUGUGCCUACUCACUCUCUCUGCCAUACACUGCCCUGUGCCUACUCACUCUCUGCCAUACACUGCCCUGUGCCUACUCACUCUCUCUGCCAUACACUGCCCUAAACCUACUCACUCUCUCUGCCAUACACUGCCCUGGGCCUACUCACUCUCUCUGCCAUACACUGCCCUGUGCCUACUCACUCUCUCUGCCAUACACUGCUCUGUGCCCACUCACUCUCUCUGCCAUACACUGCCCUGUGCCUACUCACUCUCUGCCAUACACUGCCCUGUGCCUACUCACUCUCUGCCAUACACUGCCCUGUGCCUACUCACUCUCUGCCAUACACUGCCCUGUGCUUACUCACUCUCUCUGCCAUAAACUGUCCUGAGCCUACUCACUCUCUCUGCCAUACACUGCCCUGUGCUUACUCACUCUCUCUGCCAUACACUGCCCUGUGCCUACUCACUCUCUCUGCCAUACACUGCCCUGUGUCUACUCAAUCUCUCUACCAUACACUGCUCUGUGCUGACUCACUCUCUCUGCCAUACACUGCCUGCGCCUACUCACUCUCGCUGCCAUACACUGUCCUGUGCCUACUCACUCUCUCUGCCAUACACUGCCCUGUGCCCACUCACUCUCUCUGCCAUACACUGCCCUGUGCCCACUCACUCUCACUGCCAUACACAGCCCUGAGCCUACUCACUCUCUCUGCCAUACACUGCCCUGUGCCUACUCACUCUCUCUGCCAUACACUGCCUGCGCCUACUCACUCUCUCUGCCAUACACUGCCCUAAACCUACUCACUUUCUCUGCCAUACACUGCCCUAAACCUACUCACUUUCUCUGCCAUACACUGCCCUGUAACCACUCACUCUCUGCCAUACACUGCCCUGUGCUUACUCACUCUCUCUGCCAUACACUGCCCUAAACCUACUCACUCUCUCUGCCAUACACUGCCCUAAACCUACUCACUCUCUCUGCCAUACACUGCCCUGUAACCACUCAGUCUCUGCCAUACACUGCUCUGUGCCUACUCACUCUCUCUGCCAUACACUGCCCUGUAACCACUCACUCUCUGCCAUACACUGCUCUGUGCUUACUCACUCUCUCUGCCAUACACUGCCCUGAGCCUACUCACUCUCUCUGCCAUACACUGCCCUGUGCUUACUCACUCUCUCUGCCAUACACUGCCCUGUGUCUACUCACUCUCUCUGCCAUACACUGCCCUGUGCCUACUCACUCUCUCUGCCAUACACUGCCCUAAACCUACUCACUUUCUCUGCCAUACACUGCCUGCGCCUACUCACUCUCUCUGCCAUACACUGCCCUGUGCCUACUCACUCUCUCUGCCAUACACUGCCCUGUGCCUACUCACUCUCUCUGCCAUACACUGCCCUGUGCCUACUCACUCUCUCUGCCAUACACUGCCCUGUGCCAACUCACUCUCUCUGCCAUACACUGCCCUGUGCCCACUCACUCUUUCUGCCAUACACUGCCCUGUGCCCACUCACUCUCACUGCCAUACACAGCCCUGAGCCUACUCACUCUCUCUGCCAUACACUGCCCUAAACCUACUCACUCUCUCUGCCAUACACUGCCCUGUGCCUACUCAAUCUCUCUGCCAUACACUGCCCUGUGCCAACUCACUCUCUCUGCCAUACACUGCCCUGUGCCCACUCACUCUUUCUGCCAUACACUGCCCUGUGCCCACUCACUCUCACUGCCAUACACAGCCCUGAGCCUACUCAAUCUCUCUGCCAGACACUGCCCUAAACCUACUCACUUUCUCUGCCAGACACUGCCCUGAGCCUACUCAAUCUCUCUGCCAUACACUGCCCUGUGCCUACUCACUCUCUCUGCCAUACAUUGCUCUGUGCCUACUCACUCUCUCUGCCAUACACUGCCCUGUGCCUACUCACUCUCUCUGCUAUACACUGCCCUGAGCCUACUCACUCUCUCUGCCAUACACUGCCUGCGCCUACUCACUCUCUCUGCCAUACACUGCCUGCGCCUACUCACUCUCUCUGCCAUACACUGCCCUGAGCCUACUCACUCUCUCUGCUAUACACUGCCCUGAGCCUACUCACUCUCUCUGCCAUACACUGCCUGCGCCUACUCACUCACUCUGCCAUACACUGCCCUGAGCCUACUCACUCUCUCUGCCAUACACUGCCCUGAGCCUACUCACUCUCUCUACCAUACACUGCCCUGUGCCUACUCACUCUCUUUGCCAUACACUGCCUGCGCCUACUCACUCUCGCUGCCAUACACUGCUCUGUGCCUACUCACUCUCUCUACCAUACACUGCCCUGUGCUUACUCUCUCUGCCAUACACUGCUCUGUGCCUACUCACUCUCUCUACCAUACACUGCCCUGUGCUUACUCUCUCUGCCAUACACUGCCUGCGCCUACUCACUUUCGCUGCCAUACACUGCCCUGUGCCUACUCACUCUCUCUGCCAUACACUGCUCUGUGCCUACUCACUCUCUCUGCCAUACACUGCUCUGUGCCUACUCACUCUCUCUGCCAUACACUGCCCUGUGCCUACUCAAUCUCUCUGCUAUACACUGCCCUGUGCUUACUCACUCUCUCUGCCAUACACUGCCCUGUGCCUACUCACUCUCUCUGCCAUACACUGCUCUGUGCUUACUCACUCUCUCUGCCAUACACUGCCCUGUGCCUACUCACUCUCUGCCAUACACUGCCCUGUGCCUACUCACUCUCUCUGCCAUACACUGCCCUGUGCCUACUCACUCUCUGCCAUACACUGCCCUGUGCCUACUCACUCUCUGCCAUACACUGCCCUGUGCCUACUCACUCUCUCUGCCAUACACUGCCCUGUGCCUACUCACUCUCUCUGCCAUACACUGCCCUGUGCCUACUCACUCUCUCUGCCAUACACUGCCCUGUGCCUACUCACUCUCUCUGCCAUACACUGCUCUGUGCUUACUCACUCUCUCUGCCAUACACUGCCCUGUGCCUACUCACUCUCUGCCAUACACUGCCCUGUGCCUACUCACUCUCUCUGCCAUACACUGCCCUGUGCCUACUCACUCUCUGCCAUACACUGCCCUGUGCCUACUCACUCUCUGCCAUACACUGCCCUGUGCCUACUCACUCUCUCUGCCAUACACUGCCCUGUGCCUACUCACUCUCUCUGCCAUACACUGCCCUGUGCCUACUCACUCUCUCUGCCAUACACUGCCCUGUGCCUACUCACUCUCUCUGCCAUACACUGCUCUGUGCCUACUCACUCUCUCUGCCAUACACUGCUCUGUGCCCACUCACUCUCUCUGCCAUACACUGCCCUGUGCCUACUCACUCUCUGCCAUACACUGCCCUGUGCCUACUCACUCUCUCUGUGCAGCCUGUGCAUUCUCCCUGCUGUACAAGAAUUUGCUCUGCGCAUAUUACCCACACCAAACAACCUGUGUUUAUACACAGGAGCCAGGGAGUAUUCCAGAGGUUUACACCAGCAUAGACCCCAUCAAGUGAAAUAGUUUAUGCUUAUUAAAGGGACAUAAAACCCAAUGUUUUUCUUUUAUGAUUCAGAUAGAUAGAGAAUCCAGUUUUAAACAACUUUUCACUUCUGAUAUCUAAUUUGCUUCAUUCUCUUGGUAUCCUAUCUUGAAGAAGCAGUAGCAAUGCAUUACUGGGAACUAAUGCACUGCAUGAGCCAAUCACAUGAGUCAGUCAUAUAUGUGCGUCCACCAAUCAGCAGCUCCUGAGCCUACCUAGGUAUCUUUUUCAACAAAGGAUAUCAAGAGAACAAAACAAAUUAGAUCUUAAACUUAAAUUUAAGUUGCUUUUUUUUUUUUAAAUCACAAGAUCAAUCUGAAUCAAAAAAGAAAACAUUUGGGUUUCAUAUCCCUUUAAGUUACCUUACAAGGACUGAUGAGCCAUGUGUGCUACGAUGGGUUACAUAUGAAUGAAUUAGCAUGAUUAAUUAAAAGCAAAGACUCACUGCUAGAAUUACAUGUAGACAGCUUAGGGCCACACACUCUCUCCUCACUCACCUACAUGCUGCCAGUCUGCCUGUACUUGUAGGGAAGUGCAGCCCUCACCUCUCCUGCCCAUGAAUCUUCCAAUGGUUGGGGGUAUCUCAUGGUGUAUGAAUCUGCAAAUCAAAAUGGACACCCAAAACUGGAUUCCCCUUAAUAUGUUUCCAAUUACUUGUUAUAGAUGCUGAAGAGUAUACAAUGUAUGGCCAAUGGUUCCUUUAGGUUUAUUUUUGUAUAUGAACUAGCUUGUUUUGCUCUUUGAAACCACAGCCCAUUAAUUGGUCUGUGCUUGCAAAGAGAUCAGUUCUUCUUACCUUAUCACUCUUUAUCUCUAAUUGUAAGAGAAAAAAUUUACAUUUUAAUACUUAUCUCUACUACCCCCCCCCUCCCCCCCCACUGGAAGUGUAAUUUCUUUUGCUGGCUAUGUUUACACAACUUUUCAAAAGCCAAUACUUAAGUAUGGACAUUUUCAGUAUAGGUAUGGAAACAACAAGCAAAAGCAGCUAUUUUAAAUGACAAAAUAAAUCUAAAGAAUCUAUUUUUUUAUUAAUUUAAUACACUCUAGCAGGUAAUAUAGUUCAUUAAGAACACAUUCAACCAUAAAAUACGGUUAAUUUUGUUUCCACUUGUUUUGCAGGUUUAGUGAUUUAUUAAUUCAGUUAAAGCAAAUGACAAUACUUAAAGGGACAUGAAACCGGAAUUUUUUUUCUUUCUUGAUUCCGAUACAGCACACAUUUUUAAACAACUUUCCAAUUUAGUUUUAUUAUCUAAUUUGCUUUAUUCUCGUGGUAUUCUUUGUUAAAAGGAAUACCUAGGUAGGAGCUGGGAGCUAGUUGCUGAUUGGUGGCUGCACAUAUAUGCCUCUUGUCAUUGGAUUACUGAUGUGUUGAGCUAUUGCAGAGUAGUGCAUUGCUGCAGCUUCAAUAAAGGAUACCAAGAGAAUGAAGCAAAACAGAUAAUAGAAGUAAAUUGGAAAGUUGUUUAAAAUUGUAUUCUCUAUCUGAACCAUGAAAGAAAACUUUUGGGUUUCAUGUCCCUUAUAACAUUACAUAGUAAAAAACAGACUGGGAAUAUAUAGGCCCAUAAUAAUGCUGGGAAUACAUCUGCACAUUAACUUUAUUAUUAUUAACUCUUCACAGAAAAAAACACCUUCCCGGGCCCCCCUGCUAGGUCUCAUAUAGUCAUCAGUGCCCCUAUAUGAGUGCACAGGCUGCCAGCGAGGUGGUGAGGGUGUAUCUAUGCCAGUGACACAUUAAAGGGACACGAAACCCAUUUUUUUUUCUUUUGUGAUUCAGAGAGAGCAUGCAAUAUUUCUAUCAUCUCAUUUGUUUAGUUCUCUUGGUAGUCUUUGUUGAAAAUCAAAUCUAGAUAGGCUCAGGAACUGCUGAUUGGUGGCUGCACAUAUAUGCGUCGUGUUAUUGGUCACCCAUGUGUAUUGCUGUUUCUUCAACAAGAUACUAAGAGAAGGAAGCAAAAUAGAUAAUAGACGUAAAUCGUAUUCUCUAUCAAAACCAUGAAAGAAAAAAAUUGGGUUCCAUGUCCCUUUAAGGGGCCCCAGAGAGCCCUACCAUGUUAGGAUAUCAGUUUGAUCACAAGAUAAGUGUGUGCCAGCAAAGGAGUCCUGUCCUCUGGGGUCUAUAUAUGUGCCCACGCAUGAGAGCAUUUCAUAGCUGGCUAUUUCAGACGGGUACAGAGGUUCCUAUAGGGAGGACAUGUGUGUGUAAUACACAGAGAUUAUUUAUUCAUAUUAUAUAUCUAUAUAGACCCUCACACACCUGCAGACUGACCGGUCAGUGAAUAUUUACACAUCAUUAGCAUGAUCAGUGCUAUAUUUAGAGUCAGCUUUCUGUAAUGUUUGUCACUGACUAACAGAUAUCACCAGCUGUGCACACGUUACUCUCAUACUGAAGAGCUGAGUGCAUCAUUACACACGUUCAGAUGUAGCCCUGAGUGUGCACUCACAUAAUACACUCAUACACGCACUGUGCCCUCCUGUUGUCGUGCUGUGAAUGCUGCCAGCGCAUCUGUACUGUAUACAACCUACGCAGUGUGUGAGGCAUAGGACGGGGUGGGCUGUUAGAGUGGCAGGCCACUGGGAAUGUUUGUAUUAGAUGCCAACCCUGCUCUGUGCCAGAAUCUAAAUGUUCAAUACAGACUAUUUGCUGUA